AUGGUGUCUGAAAUAGUAGAACCCGGGCGACCUUGCCCGCUGUGGGACUAUGAUGACGUGACUUUAUGCGGAAGGGUGCGGUACCUUGACACGUACCUUCCCUUGGUUUUGGUCGUAAUGCUGGGUGGUUUCACCGGAUACAAGUGCGUGUACCACUACUACCAGAGGAAUUUUCUGCAUGCAGUGAAGCCUAAUUAUGCGUCGGAGGUGCAAGCGUCUGCGUCGCCCGACGAAAACAAGCCUCUCCUCGCAGACUCUGCUGGUGCUGUCUACAUGAAUCCCGACGCGGUGUCGGACGAGCCCAACUUGAAAGAGGAGCAUUUCUCGAUCGAAAAGUUGAGAAUUGAGAACUCCAAGGGCGAGGCGCACGGCUCGGUGGAAAUUGUCAGAAGAAGUUUGGUGGAAAAGUUUCGCGUCGCGGUCGAGUUUCUGCUCGUUGCCACGCAGCUCGCGUUGCACAGUUAUUUGUGGCUGCGCUUCACCGGCGAGAACGAGCAGUUUCCUUCCUCUGUUACCAAUGCCAGGCUAGUGCUGUGGGUAUGGCUUUUCCUAGUCGUGUGCCUGCGAGUCGCUAACAUCAACCAGUCGGUAAGCUUCAUCACGAACUACCCCGGCAAUUUGUGGGCCGUGUCCUUCAUUUCGUACCUAUUCCUGUUUGUCGCCGGUAUUAUGCCUUUGCGGUCUGUCCUCAUCAACCACGUCACCGACGAGAUUCAGGUUCGCUUCAUAAAUUCGCAGUUUUACCUCAACUUGGCACUUUUCUCUCUGCUGUUCACGGCUUCUGUCGGGAACAAAUUUGGUGUGCUGUACAGAACGAGCCCUCAAAUUACACCUUCGCCUGAGCCAGUUACGUCCAUUGCGAGUUUCAUCACAUGGUCUUGGCUCGACAAGUUUGUUUGGCAAGCACAUCUACACCCUAUUCAACUCAAGGACAUUUGGGGCCUGAUGUUUGAGGACUACUCGCUCUUUGUUAUGAAAAGAUUUAGACAUUUUGUUAGUGGCAAGAACGCCAAAUUUUCGCAAAACUUGCUGCAUUUCUUCUCCAAAUACCUGGCUUUGCAAGCUUUCUGGGCUCUGAUGGAUAGUGUUUUGAACUUUGUGCCUACGUUGUUAUUGAAGCGAAUUUUGGAAUAUGUCGAAGAUCAAUCUUCUGCUCCUGCUAAUGUGGCAUGGUUUUAUGUCAUUGGCAUGUUUGCCUGUCGUAUGCUUGUGGCUGUUUGCCAAGCUCAAGCACUUUUCUUUGGCAGAAGAGUUUGCAUUCGGAUGAAAGCCAUCAUAAUUUCUGAAAUCUACACGAAGGCCUUGAGGCGGAAGGUCGCUAAAACCAGUUCUAAGCCUCCAACAGAUGAAAUCGAUCCACAGGCUCUCAAUGAUCAAAAAGAAGUUGAUGGCGACGAGGAAUCCUCAUCAGCAAAUUUGGGCGCAAUUAUAAACUUGAUGGCUAUUGACGCUUUCAAAGUGUCUGAAAUAUGUGCUUACUUGCAUGCUUUCGUUGAAGCCACUAUAAUGACUAUUGUUGCCAUUACUCUUUUGUACCGGUUGCUAGGAUGGUCUGCGAUUGCUGGCGUUCUUCUUGUCUUUGCAGUUUUACCCAUCAAUUUCAAACUAGCGACCCUAUUGGGAAAGCUACAGAAAGAAACUUUGGGAUUCACGGACAAGAGAAUCAAUAAGCUGAACGAAACUUUCCAGGCCAUUCGCGUGAUCAAGUUCUUUUCUUGGGAGGAGAAUUUUGAAAAGGAAAUUAGAGACGUGAGAGAUCAAGAAUUGAAGCUUCUGGUUAAAAGAUCUGUUGUUUGGGCUUGCAUGGCCUUUUUUUGGUUUGUUACCCCAUCGCUCAUGACCUCUGUCACCUUUGCGAUAUACGUUUACGUUCAGGGAGGCGUCUUGACAACACCUGUUGCUUUCACUGCGCUGUCCCUGUUCACCCUUCUCAGAAAUCCAUUAGAUCAAAUGUCCGAUAUGCUCAGUUUUGUUAUUCAGUCAAAAGUAUCUUUGGAUCGUGUUCAAGACUUUCUGGAUGAGGAAGAGACUGCCAAAUAUGAACAACUCACCACAUCUAAGAAUAGAUUAGGUUUUGAAAACGCCACUGUUUCUUGGGACCAAGCUGGUCAAGAUUUCAAGCUGAAAAAUAUCAAUAUCGACUUUAAGCUUGAGAAGCUCAAUGUAGUGAUUGGCCCGACUGGAUCCGGUAAGACGUCCUUACUAAUGGGUUUAUUGGGUGAAAUGGAACUCGUGGAAGGUAAAAUCUUUGUGCCCGCUCUCGAUCCUCGUGAGGACUUGAUUGUUGACGCUGAUGGGAUGACCAAUUCGAUUGCCUACUGUUCACAGGCUGCCUGGCUACUCAAUGAUACUGCUAAAAACAACAUUCUAUUCAGCAAUCCAUAUAAUGAGGUAAGGUACAACGCCGUCGUGGAAGCUUGUGGUCUUAAACGUGACUUUGAAAUUUUGGAAGCCGGUGACCAGACGGAAAUUGGUGAGAAGGGAAUCACUCUUUCCGGUGGGCAAAAGCAAAGAAUAUCUUUAGCCCGUGCCCUCUACUCUUCCUCUCGUCACCUUCUUUUGGAUGACUGUUUGAGUGCGGUUGAUUCACACACAGCUCUUUGGAUUUACGAUAACUGCAUUAGUGGACCUCUAAUGGAUGGAAGAACCUGCAUUUUGGUUUCACAUAAUGUUGCGUUAACGUUGAAAAAUGCCGAUUGGGUCGUUUUGCUAGAGAAUGGCAGAGUCAAAGAUCAAGGAGAGGCAAUGGAUCUUUUGAAAAAGGGUCACUUAGGUGAUGACGAGCUUGUGAAAACUAGUAUUUUGUCCAGAGUUAACUCUUCGGCCAGCCUAAGCAACAAAACAGCUUCAAAGAGCGGUAUUGAUUUGUCCAAACUCAAUAAGAUUAUCGAUGAAGACACUAAACUUGGACAGCGCUUGAACGAAACGGAGGAAGAGCGCGCAAAGGUAGGCAAACUCGUGAAAGAGGAAACCAAAGCAACUGGUGUUGUGAGCCUUGAAGUUUACGCCUGGUUUGCUAAGCUGUUUGGUGGAUGGACGACGAUUAUAUUCUUGGCUUCAGUCUUCAUCUUUGCGCAGGGAAUAUAUAUGUCUCAGUAUUGGUGGGUAAGAACCUGGGCUUCUCAUAACGUCGUUUCUCUCGUAAAGAUGUUUGGUCAGCGAAUUCUUGGCUUUUCAAGUGGAGAUCCUUCCAUCAGGUUCCCGGUAAUCAUCCCAGACACAACUUCAAGUGAAACAGUUACCGUGGCGGCCAAGAAAACUCAUAGCACAGCAUACUAUCUCUCGAUUUAUUUUGCGAUCGGCUUAGUCCAGGCCUUGAUUUCAGGUUCCAAGACAAUCAUCAACUUCAUGGCCGGCCUAAAUGCAUCUAGAAAGAUCUUUAACCUCGUGUUGAAAAAGGUAUUGUACGCUCGCCUAAGAUUUUUUGACUCGACUCCUAUCGGUAGAAUAAUGAACAGAUUUUCUAAGGACAUCGAAGCCGUGGAUCAAGAGUUGACUCCCUUUGCCGAGGGAGCUUUCAUGUCUCUUGUUCAUUGUGUAUCAACUGUCUUUUUGAUCGCAUACAUCACACCUGAGUUCAUUUUGGUCGCAUUUUUCAUUGGAAUUCUCUAUUACUUUGUUGGCUACUUCUACAUGGCUGGAUCGAGGGAACUGAAACGUUACGAGUCGAUUACUCGUUCUCCUAUCCAUCAACAUUUUUCGGAAACGCUAGUCGGAAUUACGACUAUUCGAGCUUUCGGAGACGAACGCCGUUUCAUGUUGGAAAACUUGGAGAAAAUAGACGAAAAUAACAAACCUUUCUUUUACCUCUGGGUUGCGAAUAGGUGGCUUGCCUUCAGAAUCGAUUUGGUUUGCGCACUUGUGAUUUUUGCUUCGGGUAUAUUCAUUAUGCUAAACGUUAAGACUUUGGAUUCAGGAUUGGCGGGUAUCUCGCUCACAUAUGCCAUUUCCUUCAGUGAGGGAGCUCUAUGGCUUGUCAGAUUAUAUUCUAAUGUUGAAAUGACAAUGAAUUCAGUUGAGAGGCUCAAGGAGUACAUGGACAUUGAUCAGGAACCUCACUUUCAGAGCUCUUACACUCCACCACCUCAAUGGCCAGAAGAAGGUAAAAUUGAAGUCAAUGACUUGUCGCUCAGGUAUGCUCCUCAGUUACCCAAAGUUAUAAAAAACGUUUCUUUUGUUGUCGAUCCCAAAUCCAAGGUUGGUGUAGUGGGCCGCACUGGUGCAGGAAAAUCCACAAUAAUCACUGCUCUUUUUAGAUUUUUAGAUCCUGAAAGUGGUUAUAUCAAGAUCGACAACGUUGAUAUUGCUAGCUUGGAUCUCAAGAAGUUGAGACAGUCAAUUACAAUUAUUCCACAAGAUCCAACUCUGUUUGCAGGAACGGUCAAGUCAAAUUUGGAUCCUUACAACGAAUACACGAGCGACCAAAUUUUUGAGGCUUUGAAAAGGGUGAAUUUAGUGACGCAAGAGGAGCUCAAUCAAGAAGACAGCCAUAAUUCUGACACAAACUCAGUUUCCUCUGAUAAUGUAAACAAGUUCCUGCAUCUAGAGAAUGAAAUCACUGAAGGUGGCUCCAAUUUGUCGCAAGGUCAAAGACAGCUCGUGUGUCUCGCCAGAUCCCUUCUCCGCUCGCCAAAGAUUAUUUUACUUGAUGAGGCUACAGCUUCGAUAGAUUACAGCUCAGAUGCCAAGAUUCAGCAAACAAUCAGGGAAGAGUUCUCACACAGUACCAUUCUAACUAUUGCUCAUCGUUUGAGAUCAAUUAUUGAUUACGAUAAGAUUUUGGUAAUGGAUGCAGGGGAAGUUAAAGAAUAUGAUCAUCCCUAUUCUUUACUUCUCAACAAGAACAGCAUUUUCUACAGCAUGUGCGAAGACAGCGGGGAACUCGAGGUUUUAAUUCUGCUCGCGAAGGAGUCUUUUGUCAAAAAGUUGAACUCAAAAUGA